GGGACCUGUGAGAAAUCAAGAACCAACGGAAACAAAGUAGAAGUCGUGGCUCUUCCUUUUACUACUUAUAUAUCCGCACAGGGCGUCUGCUGAGGUUCUAUCGAUAUCCCUCAUCGAUAUCCUCUCCCGGAGUCCGCCAACGGUAGGCUGACAGGCGACGUCAGAAAUUUCACCCGUCGUAGGCGCAACUUCAAGCAAGACCUAGGUCACCAUGGUUUAUUGCAAUAGAUGCGACCGAUACUUCAACAGUAAUGGCGCAUGGGUCCAGCAUGUUAACGACUCUUCAGCUCACUGGAUGUGCUGGAAGUGUGACAGGGACUUCAUGUCGUGGAACGCACUCUUGUCGCACUAUGUGAACAGUCCCUAUCACUCUUACUGCCGCCACUGCGAAGAGGACUUUGACGACGAUGACGAACUCGAGGAACAUAUGGAAGAUUGUCACUGGUGGUGCCGACAUUGUGAUCAGGUAUUCCAGAAUGAACUAGGCCUCAAGGAACACUACCGCCAGUCACCUGCUCAUCACUAUUGCAUCGACUGCGAUCGUGAUUUCAUGUCGGACUCGCACUUAAGAUCGCAUCGCAACUCGAAGCUUCAUCACCCGCAAGAUGUCAUGUGUCCAUUCAGAGGCUGUGGAAUGUCUUUUGUAUCCAGGUCGGCGCUCGUUCUCCACCUAGAGUCAGGCGGCUGUGCCUCUAGAGUGAGCAAACGCGAGAUCGACUACUUCGUCCGCCAGAAGGACACCCACAAUAUCAUCACCGAUCCCUCUCGCAUGAUUACAGGCGCCUUCGAAGUCUACAAGGAAUACAUAGCUACGUGCGGUUCAUGGAACGGCCACGCGUACGAAUGUGUGCUCUGUCACCGCGAGUUCCGCCAGCUCGCCGACUUGAACAAACACCUCGCGAGCCCGAGGCAUGAAUCGAAGUCAUAUCGGUGUCCCAACAUCUCAUGUGGUGUUCACUUUAGCACUCUCAGUGGGCUAUGUCAGCACAUUGAGAGCGAGAAAUGUGGUGUCUUUAAGUUCCGGGCCGUGAGGGACACCAUGGACAGGGUUUUCGAUGACAUGAAGAGACUCAGUCUGUAAUCGACUUCUGUAACAUAACACGUCCGUUCUUUCCGUCGACUGCAUACUAACUGCUACCACUGUGUGUACAUUAUAACUACUGGGCCUCAAGGAUGCUAUGGAUGUCGAUAUUUAUUGUGCUUCACUGCCUGCAGCCAAGAAUGUACUCAGCUUUGAAAUAUUGCGAACUCUUUGGAAUCCGUUGCACAAGCAACUUGAAAGUGAAAUAGAUUCAGC